CACGGCUUAAUUCGGUUUGACAACCUUCACAUCAUUCACUUCCUCCAUUCGAAACCGGUAAACCACGUCGAGAGCAAGAUCACGAUUCAAUUCAACUGCUAUUGUCAGAAGAAGUAGGCUAAUUCCACAUUUCCACUUGCCAAAGUAAAUUGCAAACCCUACUUCUGUGCUUGCUUGCUUUCCCUGACUGAGAAACUGCCAUGGAUGCACCACCGCGAGGAGGAGGAGGAGUAAGCGCUCCACAGCAUCGGCAGCAGCCGCCUCCACCACCGCCUCCAGGCGCCGGCAACCCCAUUCCUAUACUUCUGGCCUUCCUAGUCAUCAUAGCUAUGGUACUGGUUCCAUCCACAUCAAGCUUAAAGAGUAGCUUCACUAUAAUGCAUCAAGUGCCAGAAGGCCAUGUUGGGGUAUAUUGGAGAGGAGGUGCCCUUUUGAACACAAUUACAGAACCAGGUUUCCAUUUUAAGCUACCUUUGAUAACCCAGUACGAGUCAGUUCAAGUCACCCUCCAGACAGACCAAGUGAGGGACAUUCCAUGUGGUACUAAAGGUGGUGUCAUGAUAAACUUUGAAAAGAUUGAGGCAAGUCUUUUGAGAAAUCGCUCUUUCUUUGCAAUAUGUUUAGUUGUUAAUCGACUUCGUAAAGAAUAUGUAUACGACACCCUAUUGAACUAUGGAGUGCAGUAUGACCAUACUUGGAUUUAUGACAAAAUUCAUCAUGAGAUCAAUCAAUUCUGUAGCUCUCAUUCCCUCCAGCAGGUCUAUAUCGAUAUGUUUGAUCAGAUUGAUGAAAAAAUGAAAGACGCGCUUCAGGUUGAUUGCACUAGGUAUGCUCCUGGAAUUGAAAUUUUAAGUGUCCGUGUGACAAAGCCUUUGAUUCCAGAGAGUAUAAGAAAGAAUUUCAGACAUAUGGAAGAAGAGCGCACAAAGGUUUUGAUUGCUAUUGAGAAACAAAGAGUGGUGGAGAAAGAGGCAGAGACAGCGAAGAAGAUGGCUAUCAGUGAAGCCGAGAAAAGUGCCAGUGUGAGCAAGAUUCACAUGGAACAGAAGUUGACGGAGAAGGACAGUGAAAGGAUGCAGCAAGAAAUCCAAAACCACAUGUAUAUGGCUCAUGAGAAGAGUUUAGCUGAUGCUGCAUUCUACCGGGUGAUGAAAGAAGCUGAAGCAAACAAAUUGAAGCUGACCCCCCAGUUUCUGGAGCUGAAAUUCAUCGAAGCAAUAGCCGACAACACGAAGAUUUUCUUUGGAGAGAAGGUGCCAAAUAUGGUCCUUGAUCAGAGACUCCUGGGGAACUUCCUGCACAGUGCGUCUGGAGAUGCAGACUCUAAAGAGGUGAACGUGGGUGAGGUAUCGAAAGGUGACGGACGUAGCGAAAUGUGACAUCUAGUUGCAAAGAAGAGAAAGAGAAAUUGCAUCGAAGCUCCGUGCAAUGCCAGCAAGAAAUGCUGUACGAAAUUAACGAGAUCCGAGAGGGGACAUGUAUAAUAGAGCAUCAGGGCGCUCACUAGUCGCUUCUCUCAUGAGUCGCGACAAAUGUCGCUGAAAACAAAACGUUGAAAGCUCUGCAUACAUCUCUCCUUUUUUCUUCUGGACCACCCAUGUUCUCCUCUAACUCUUUGCUUCAGUCACCAUCUAGCUUGAGCCCUUGUUCUUCUUCUUGAACUGCUCGCUCUGCGUUCUCAAAUAUUCAUGAAAGUGCAAGAAUUUGUCCUUGUAGUAACAGUUGGUAAAUCGUGCACAUUAUUAGGUGCCAAGUAUGGUCCUUGAUCAGAGACUCUUGGGGAACUUGCUGCACAGUAUGUCUGGUGAUGUACACUCUAAAGAGGUUAACUUGGACAAGGUACCGACAUGUGAGUUGUGACGGACGUAGCGAAAUCUGACAUCUUGGUACUACGGAAUUGGUCGAAGAUAAUUUGCAGAAGUUUGUAGUUGGUCUGAGUAGUAAUUGUUUUGUACAUGUUUCUUGUUGUUCACUGAAGUUGCAAAGAAGAGAAAGUG